UCUUCGCAGAGGCGACUCCGAAGGGCCAGCUUGAACUUGAAGUCGAAGGGGAAAAUGAAGUGGUGCAAUCCUGGAACUUGCAGGGCCGAACUGGAGAUUGAGGAGCAUUCUGUUGUCUGUCUCCAAAGCUCAGCAGGUUUCCGCAAAGGUUGCAAGUACAUUGGUUCUGGUCUCGUAGGAGCAGCUCCACACGAUGGCGGCGGCGGGCGUGAAAAGCCUGGCGGCUGCCAAUCUGCUGUCCUCAACUGCUCUCAACAGCAGUGCGCAGCUUUCUUCCUCUUCACAUCUGGCAUGCCCCCUGCUCCCCUUGACCAAAAAAUGUAGUCCCAAGGUCCAUAGAAGACGACAACUCCGAAGCAGGGCUACCAUUGCAGACCCAGACUUGAUAGGCAGAAUAAAGGACACCCCUUUGCGGGAAAUGACAUUGAACGACCAUCAGCAAAGCAAUGGGGCAAUGUCAAAGCCGAAGGAUUGGGCUCCGGACAGCUGGAGGAGCUUCAAUGCACGGCAGCAGCCAGAGUACCCCGAUCAGGCAAAGCUUGCUGAUGUGGUGGAAACGCUGGAGCGCUACCCCCCCCUUGUGUUUGCGGGGGAGGCCCGUGCCCUAGAGGAGAAGCUGGCGCAGGCUGCCCUGGGGAAGGCGUUUGUGCUCCAGGGGGGGGACUGUGCGGAGAGCUUCAAGGAGUUCCAUGCAAAUAACAUCAGGGACACAUUCAGGGUUAUUCUGCAAAUGAGCGUGGUGCUCAUGUACGGAGGCGCACUGCCAGUGGUCAAGAUUGGCCGAAUGGCGGGCCAGUUUGCAAAGCCCCGGAGCGCAAACAUGGAGGAAGUAGACGGCCAGUCGCUUCCAAGCUACAGAGGGGACAUCAUCAACGGGGAUGCUUUCACAGAGGAGGCCCGCGUUCCUGACCCGGCACGGCUUGUUUCGGCUUACAACCAAUCGGCUGCCACGCUCAACCUGUUGCGGGGCUUCGCUUCCGGAGGCUACGCCGCAAUGCAGCGGGUGACGCAGUGGAACUUGGACUUCAUGAACGCUAGCGAGCAAGGCCACCGUUACCGCGCGCUAGCAACCCUGAUCGAUGAGAGCUUGGGCUUCAUGAGCGCGUGCGGCCUUGGCCCCGACCACCCCGUCAUGCGAACCACUGACUUCUACACCAGCCACGAGUGCUUGCUUCUGGACUACGAGCAGGCACUCACGCGGCAGGACAGCACGACCGGCCUCUGGUACGACUGCUCUGCGCACAUGGUGUGGGUCGGUGAGCGGACCCGCCAGCUGGACGGCGCGCACCUUGAGUUCCUGCGGGGCGUUGGGAACCCGCUUGGUGUCAAGGUUAGCGACAAGAUGGACCCGCAGGAACUGGUCAAGGUGUGCCGCAUCCUCAACCCCGAGAACCGCCCCGGCCGCCUGACCGUCAUCGUGCGCAUGGGCGCCGAGAAGCUGCGCGAGAAGCUUCCCGCUCUCAUCUCAGCCGUCCAAAAUGAGGAGAUUAUCGUCACGUGGGUCUCGGACCCGAUGCACGGGAACACGGUCAAGACGCCCAACGGGUUCAAGACGCGGCCGUUCGAGGCGAUUCGCAGCGAGCUGCGCGCGUUCUUCGACGUGCACGCGGAGAUGGGCAGCCACGCGGGGGGAGUGCACCUAGAAAUGACGGGCCAGGACGUAACGGAGUGCAUCGGCGGCGCCAAGCAGCUGUCUCACGAGGACCUAGCCAGCCGCUACCACACGCACUGCGACCCCCGGCUGAAUGCCAGCCAAGCCCUGGAGCUUGCCUUCCUCAUUGGGGAGAGGUUGCGGAAGGAACGGAAAGGAAGCCUUAACGAGACUGUCGAUGCAGUUGCAGAGACACUCGGCGGGCCGUAGGUUUUUGGUAGUGAGUACUGUGUAAAAUGAGCGUGUCUGGGCGGGUUUUGUCGCGAGUCAAGCUACGAGGAUAAAUGUAACGGCGACUCUUGGUUGUUCAGAACCACUAAAUUGAUGCUGACGUGAUGAUUCCGCAAUAGUCGUCGAGUUGAAGGUGAUAUCUCCUCUGCAUAGGGUUUAAAAGUUCACCGUACUGAAUAUCAUAUCUAUCUCUAUAUCAAUGAAUACACGAGCUUCUCUCACCCCUCUGGAUAUUCUCUGGAUAUUGCACUUACUGGAA